UUUAAUUCACAAUCCAAUCAGAUAAAACAAAUGCACGAUUAUUUAUUCCGCUUGCAGAAAACACCUGCUUUCUUUCUCUCGCCGUUCCGCUGACGUCACUCCCACGUGUCUUUUGUGACAGUGCCAUACAAAUAUAGGUUCCUUUUUUGUUUGUUUAUUUACGAUUUUUAAGCUGUCAUUAAUGGCUCUGGUUCGGACCUUGCGAAAUAUUGGACAGUAAACGCAGGGGAACUGUGCUUACCAUUGUCAGUUUGGAAAAACUGCUCUUGAAUAUGAGUUCUUAAUAUUAUCCGAGAGAUGUCCAUACGAAUCUACAAUGGGCCAAGACAUCAGUAAGAUUAAAGAAAAUAACGCACCUCUUUCAGACUUUCGAAAAAAUAAACUUCUUUACGAAUUCAAUACCUUCUAUGAUUUGAACAAAGAUGGGGUGAUAACGGAGUCGGACUUUUUCAUGGUUCAGGAAUAUGUGUGCAAGCUGAACGGUUGGGCGCCGGAUUCUGAGAAGUACGAAAUGACUCAAGAUCUUUUCCGAUCCAUCUGGAAUUCCCUUCAGACAGAAGCAGACGAAGAUAAAGAUGAUGCCGUCACGGCUGACGAAUGGGUCAAGAUGUGGGAACAACUGGACAAGACCUUAAGAGGCGGAAGCAGCGCACUGCCUGAAUGGCUGACCACCUACUUGUGGUGCAGGUUUAACAUUUACGAUAGAACAGGCGAUGGAGCAAUCGAUGUGGAGGAGUUUGCCUAUAUCUUAGAGAAUUUUGGGAUACCCGAACGACAGUCCAGGCAAUGCUUCACCAUGAUGACUCUGAAUGACACAAAACCAUUGGACUUUGCGUAUUUCUGUGAAUUAGCUAUCGAGUACUAUACGUCGGACGACCCCAGCGCUCUUGGGAACUUCAUUACAGGAAAACUCAACUUCUGAAAGAAAAGAAAUCUUUGUGUCUACUUUUAUUCUUAACUAAUGUACUUAAAACAGAUAAAUAAACAGGCUUUUCAUA